AUGAUUGAAGCUUUAAACAAAGUAAAGCAGGGAGAUUCAGUAAAUGCCACGGCAAAGAGGUUUAACAUACCGGAAGCGACUUUAAGACGUUAUGCCAAAAACUAUCCCAAUAACAAUUUCCCUACAAGUACUGGACGAUUUAAAACCACAUUUUCUGAAGAUCAAUUCCUGAAUCUUAAAAAAUACGUUGAGGAUGUCGAUAGAAGAGCUUUUGGAGUUACUAGGGAACAGUUUGCCCGAAUUGCUUUCGAUUAUGCGGAAUCACUUAACAUUCCACAUAGAUUCAAUAAAGAUAAGAAAAGAGCAGGAAAAGAUUUUGUUCAAGCCUUCAUGACAAAAUUUAAUUUUUCACUACGUAAACCUGAAGCAACAUCUGCUGCCAGGUUGGCUGCCUUUAACAAAAAUAACGUCGAAUCAUUCUUCGAUCUCUAUAAAGAAAUCCUUGCAAACAAGAAAUUUGAACCUCAACAGAUCUACAACAUAGAUGAAACUAGUUGCUCAACAGUACCCACCAAGACACCAAAUGUACUGAGCCCAACUGGUAACCGCCGAGUUGUAAAAGUCCCUUCGGGCGAACGGGGCGUGAACGUCAGUGUUGCGUGCUGCUUCAAUGCAACCGGCCACUACGUGCCCCCUUUCUUUAUUUAUCCACGUGUACGUAUGCAGUCGCACUUUUUGGCUAACGCCCCAACUGGAUCAGGAGCCGCUUGCAAUGAGUCAGGCUGGAUGAAAUCUGAAACUUUUGUCCAAUGGUUAGAACAUUUUGUAAAACAUGUUAGGCCGAGCAAUUCUAACCAAAUCCUCCUACUCAUGGACAAUCAUUCGUCGCACGUAACAUUGCAGGCUGUAAACAUGUGCCGCGAAAAUUACAUUUCCGCCACAUACAAGCCAUCGUAUGCAGCCACUUGA